AUAUACAGUGAUAAAAUCAGCCAAUGAAAUCGUUGUUUGCACGAUCACCUGCGUAAGAACGGAAACCAACUUGUCUCGGUUGUCAAGUGUAGCUAUAUAUAUGUCAAGUACGAGUCGUUAACCAGGUUAAACAAUACCACAGGAUGUUGUAAGCUAAACUUCUCCGUUCUUUCAUGCAGUAUGGUGGAAAACGAAAAACCGUGGCCCGAGCCAGUCCCCGAUUGGCCUGAAGCGAAGGAAAUUUGGAAAUGGGGCUGGCCCUUUCACGUGUAUUUCUUUACAGUGCUGUAUUGCUUUGUCAUAGUUCGCGGACUCUACGUCCUCCUAAAGCAAGGGAAAGCGUUUUUCAGGAGGACGGAUCACCGCUUUUUGAUGAACGCGCUUCUUUUGACAUUUGGCGCGACUCGCACAGUGUUUCUGAUCUGGGAUCCGUACGGUUCGAAUCCAAACCACAACAAAACAGAGCUCGUCAUUUGCAUCAUAACUUUUGGCGUCGGAACAGCGUGCGUAACCUCAGCAUUCAGUUACCUAUUGCUAAUUGUAUUAGAAAGUACUCGUAUCUCGCUUGCACCGAGCAAGUUUCAAAACCAAAGGUUCUUCCUCGGGGUUUGGACCGUGAACGUACUUUACGUGAUACUUUCGGACUUAAUCGUUGCUCAUUUUCAUGAAGCCAAGGUAAUGAUAUUGAUUUGUCAACUAACUUUCGCUCUCUGGGGAUUUCUUCUUGCUUUGGGCUAUGCAUUGGCCGCGGCACGACUAUGGCGUAACUUGAAAGCUUCGCGCCAAACCACGCAGUACAACCAAGGCCUCGCUGCCGAGAGCAAAAAGAUAAAAAGGUUGGUGUGUUUGCUGUGUUUGGGGUCAAUUUGUGGCGUGGUUAUGUUCUCCACCAUUGUGUACACGGCACUUGGCGACACAGGAGUGUACAAUGAAUCAGGAAUAGUGCGCCACUGGCCGUGGAUUGCCGUGCAGACAUUACUAAGGACUUGUGAGGUGUUUAUGUGCUUUGUUAUAUUUCUGAUCGCGCUUAAGACAGCCACUGCUAAUUCUACGAACAACAAUCGAGUCGACAGUGACUCGAAAGGAACAGCCUAAAUUCCCUGAGCAAAGAAAUUGCUUGUCUAGCUCCAGUCAGCCAUGUUUCGGUUGACAGACCUCGAGAAAAAAGACUAACAAAUUGCAUCAAAAAAAACAAGCAGCAUGGGGCUUCGCAUAAAAUUUUCCUCACAUUGCAGAAACGUUAAUACCUCCAGCAAAAAUAUCGAAAAAUAUGUAAAUGGAGUUUCUUAGAUGAUAUCAGUGAAAAAGCAUUUUUCAGAUUAAUAUCGGGAUAAAAGUGCCGAUUUCGCCUGAUAAAGAACGUUCCGAAUUUUGAAAAUAAGUUCUAAAUUUACCAAGGGAAAUAGCAUCACAUUCUAAAACUUUAAUUUGAAGAAAAAUUCUGUAGCGCGUCAAAUCAAACAACUUCAACUUAACUCGAUAUAGUGUCACCAAAAAUGGAACAGAAUAAAUGAAGGGAAAAAUUGUUUUAAAAAAUAAUUGUUCCUCUUUACUGAGAGGCAGAACGUGAAUAAAGCGUAGUCUUUCAAUUUACAUAGGACUUUCAAAGUAAAAGAAGCUGUUUCAAAGUAUUUAAAUUUUGCGUGUCGACCGUCAUGAAGCGAUUAUAAUUAGGGUAUUUCUAUAAUGAGACGAAAAAAUCUGACCGCAAACACUGCAUAUGGUAAGUAUAACCUUGAUCAAAAUUGUUUGUCAAAGAAAUUGCGACCUGUCAAAGACCUGUCAAAGAAAUUGCCUACGUGGAGACGUCUACGAGGAUUUCCUAUCAAGCCGAAAGAGUGACUUUUUUCAGCGUGAAAGAAAUUGUGCACAUGUACACUCAGGCUAACAGUUCUUUAGCGGCUAAAUAUUACAUUUCUUAAAAUACUCGCGAAUUAAACAUAUUCGCUUCAGUCAAUUAAUGGUGACGUUAGAAAUUCUCUACGGGGUAUCUUUAUUUACUCUAAGACUGUCACAGUAAAAAAUAUUAAACAACAUUCGAUUAAUAUCUUAAUAUUCAGCUGUUUUGAGGAUGUGGUAAUUCGAAAAGCGCAAAAACGAACGUAACCAACGCCGAAACUGAUUUUGGCUUGUCGCAUUUUCUGUUGCUUUAACGCGAAUUACAGGAAAUCAUUGCUUUUUACUUCUAUCGGGGUAAAACUCUGUGAACUUCAAUCAAGAAACAAAAAACUAGGCCUACCCAGAAUACCUUUCGGUAUUCUUGUGUAACCUUGUACGUUUUCUGUCGGGACUGCC